UAAUUGAAUUAGGUUCUCUGCCCAUCCUGUAGCCAGUGGCCAAUAAUGUUAGUAGCCAUUCUUUCUUCCUUACUUCUCAAUCCACCAAACCACUACUAUACAGGGGAUGCAGACGACAGCUCUCUGGCGUUCGUUCAACUGAUUUUUUGGAUCAAAAUGGAAAGCAAACCGCUGAAGCAACAUAAACAACUCACAAUUUAGACAUUAAAAUAUCAGGGGGGAGAAAAACGAAAAGGAAAGAAAGAAAAGGAGGGAGGAAGAGCAGGAAAGCAACUCUACCCGUCAGAAGAAAAAAAAGCCCAUCAUCUCUGGUUGGUGAAAUUUUCACGAGCUUCCCCUUCUUCCCCACUUUUCCUACAUCUCCUUUUCGUUAUCUUCUGUUGUGGCAGGAGAUGGGUUCGUUUCUGUGAGUCAUCAAUUCCUGAGUUGCCUUCAGCAGAGGAGAUAUAAUAAAAACCCCAGGAAAGAAGGGGAGGAGAAAUGGAUCGACAAGCUAUGACUGUUGGACCAGGGAUGGAUAUGCCGAUUAUGCACGACAGCGAUCGUUAUGAGCUGGUUCGGGAUAUUGGGUCUGGGAAUUUUGGGGUGGCUAGGCUUAUGAGGGAUAAGCAGAGCAACGAGCUCGUUGCUGUCAAGUAUAUCGAGAGAGGUGAGAAGAUAGACGAAAAUGUGCAGAGGGAAAUCAUCAACCACAGGUCAUUGAGGCAUCCCAACAUUGUUAGAUUCAAAGAGGUCAUCUUGACACCAACUCAUCUGGCGAUCGUCAUGGAAUAUGCAUCUGGGGGAGAGCUGUUUGAGCGGAUAUGUAAUGCGGGUCGCUUUAGUGAGGAUGAGGCGCGUUUCUUCUUCCAACAGCUUAUAUCGGGAGUCAGCUACUGUCAUGCAAUGCAAGUAUGCCAUCGUGACUUGAAAUUGGAGAACACAUUGUUAGACGGCAGCCCUGCACCUCGCUUGAAGAUUUGUGAUUUUGGCUACUCCAAGUCCUCGGUGCUUCACUCACAGCCAAAAUCUACUGUGGGAACUCCUGCAUAUAUAGCUCCUGAGGUAUUAUUGAAGAAGGAGUAUGAUGGCAAGAUUGCAGAUGUAUGGUCUUGUGGGGUAACUUUAUACGUUAUGCUGGUGGGAGCAUACCCAUUUGAGGAUCCAGAUGAGCCUAAGAACUUCCGAAAGACGAUACAACGGAUUUUGAAUGUGCAGUAUUCGAUUCCUGACUACGUCCACAUAUCUCCAGAAUGCCAGCACUUGAUCUCCAGAAUAUUUGUAGCUGACCCAGCAAAGCGGAUAAGCAUACCAGAGAUUCGGAACCACGAAUGGUUUCUAAAGAAUCUCCCAGCUGAUCUUAUGGACGACAAUACGAUGAUGAGCAACAACCAGUUCGAGGAGCCUGAUCAGCCUUCCCAGAGCAUUGACGAGAUAAUGCAGAUCAUUUCAGAAGCCACGAUUCCUGCAGCUGGGACAAGAAGUCUGAACCAAUGUCUGACAGGGAGCCUGGACAUUGACGACGACAUGGAGGAGGACCUCGACACUGAUAAUGACCUCGACCUGGACAGUAGUGGGGAGAUAGUCUAUGCCAUGUAAGAAACUGCUAUUAGUUCACUACUGCUUGGCAUGGAAAAAGAUGGAUGAUGGUGAAAAAGGGGUAAUAAUUUGCAAGGAAACAGAGAAUGGAAAGUUGAAGGAACAUUCUGUUUUCUGUGAUGGAAAGUGUAUCUAAAGAAAGCAUGUAAUAUGUGAUAUUUGAAGAACCCUGUUUGGAACUGUUGAAAAAAUGUAUUUUCUAGCCUCCAUUGAACAAUAUAUGGAAGGCGGUGUUUGUACUAAUUGGUGAAUAAGCUGUGUUACGUGACAAGUGAAGACUGUCAUUGCAUCAGCAUUUCAUUCCUUUAAAUGUCUAAAUAUUUUGAGAUCUGCAACAAAUCAUUGAACUAAAAUCUGUAACAAAUUGCAGACUAAGCAGAGUAAUAUGCAACAAAAUAGGCACUCAGUCUUAUGUGGUUCGAUAUAUCGUUAGUUUGAGCGAGUCAACAUGCCAAACUUGUUUGCCAAGUCACUGAAAUCAUAUAGUCAACAUAUAAUGCACCCUAACCCUUUCAGACUUGGAGAUGGUUUGAACUCGGUUCCUAGCAAUGCUCAUAGGCUCAGAGUUGGAUAAGGGUCAAGUUGGAGUAAAUGGCAAGAUAAGAC